AUGCUCGAAUAUAUUUACGUCUGCCGGCAUGGGUUCAGGUCGAACUGGGUGGACCCUGCGAUCAAGACGGGGCCUACGGGCAUGAACCGUGAUCCUCCCCUCGCAGCCCACGGCCUCGACCAAUCCGCCCACCUCGCCUCCUACCUCUCCUCCCCCUCCCGAACCGCCCCCUACCCAACACCCGAGAUCGUCUUUACGUCCCCGUUUUACAGGUGUGUGCAGACGGCGUUACCGACGGCGCAGGCUUUGGGACUUGUGCUGGGGGAGGGGGAAGAUGGUCUUCACCUCGAACACGGUCUCUCCGAAUGGUACUCCCCCGUCUAUCCCUCAACCGGCCUUCAUCCCCGCCCCGGCCCACCUUCAUCCCUCAUCCCCCACUUCCCCCCAGGCAGCAUAAACCCCACUUACUCCUCCACGUAUUACCCCUCGCGGAAGGGGGAGAGCUUGAAGGAGCUGCAUGAGCGGAUGGAGGGGUUUUUGAAUGCGUGGGUGGGCAGGGUGGAGGGGGAGUAUCCGGAGGUGAGGUGUGUGGUUGUUUUCAUGCAUGCGGCGAGUUUGAUUGCUUUUGGACGGGCUUUGACAGGAGACAGAGGCAUGGAAAUUGUAGCAGGCUGCGCCUCUACCUCCCUGUACCAACGUAAACCCCCUCCCCUCCCCUCCCCCUCAACCACUCAGCUCCCCACACCGACCACGCCGUCCCACCCCUCCCACCCCGCCAAAGCCAGGUUACCACCCUGCGGCACAUCCCAAUACACCCUCCUCCUCUCCGGGCACACGUCCUACCUCCCCUCCGGGCUCGAACGCGACUGGUCCUUUGCCGACGUCGUCCUCAAACCUGGAGAUGGAGAGGUUGUUUGUGAUUAUGGGGAUGGGGAGGCGCAUGAGGGGGAGGUUUGGGAGGAAGGACUGGCCGGGGGGUGGGAGGGGAUGGGGAGGUGGGUUAGGGAGGGGGAACAACAGGGGAGGGGGGAUUUUGGGGUUGGGGAGAGGAGGGCUAGGAUGUGA